AUGUCUCCCUCUGUGAUUGUUUUCUGUGUUUGUUUAGCGGCCUGUGCGCAGGCAGCGAAGAUGCCACUGUUCCACGCCGAAGACGCUGAGUAUCACUUCGAGCGCUUCAUACAAGACUACAACAAACAAUACGCGAGCGAGGAAGAGAAGCAAGCCAAGUUUGAAGUCUUCAAAGACAACUUGGAAAAAGCUAACGCUUUGAAUGCGCAAACCGAACAUUCUAGGUUUGGUAUUACCCGUUUCAUGGAUCUCACUCUGGAAGAAUUCCUCAACCUCCACACUGGACUAAAUGCAGGUUUAAAUUUCACUGGAGAAUGUAAUACAGUGACUGAUGUGCAGCUCCCUAAUGUGAAUGUGCCAGAGUCGUUUGAUUGGCGUCAACAGAAUGUAGUUACAAGGGUUAAGAACCAGCUUCAGUGUGGGAGCUGUUAUGCAUUCAGUGCAGCAGGAGCCGUUGAGGGCCAAUAUGCCAUCAAAUAUGGUCGGUUGACAGAAUUUUCCGAACAACAGACAGUUGACUGUGACAGUGCAUCCAGCGGAUGUGGAGGUGGUCUAAUGACAUCUGCAUUCAAUUCUAUGAUUGCCUUGGGCGGUUUGGAGACAGAAUCCGACUAUCCCUAUGCUGGUCAGGCGGAACAGUGUACAUUCCAAGCUAGCAAGGCAGCUGUCAGACUGACUGGCUGUAACAGAUACGAGCUCAAUUCACAAGAACGGCUUAAGCAAUUAGUUGCCACCGUUGGACCGAUAUCCAUUGGUGUGCAAGCAGAGGGCUUCCAAUACUAUACGGGCGGUAUAAUAGCAGAUAACUCAUGCAAUGUAGGCCAAGUUAACCAUGCUAUUCUUCUAGUCGGGUAUGGAACAGAGAAUGGACAACCAUAUUGGAUUGCGAAGAACUCAUGGGAUACAACGUUUGGUGAAAGUGGUUACAUCAGGUUCCCUCGUGGGGAUAAUUAUAACUCUUGUGGUGUGAUGAACUCCUUGAUGUCGACUCCUAUAAUUGCAUAA